AUGGCGUGGGACCAGCCCUCGCGGCAUCCCUUGGGUCCGUUGGGGGGCUCGCCUUCCCUGCUGCUGUGUUACUCCAGAACCGCCCUCAGCCAGCUGAUCGAGGCCACCACAGAACCGCCCAAAAAGAAGCCGGACCCUGUGACUUCGGAGACGGUCGUCAUCUGGGGCUUGCGGCUGUGGCAAGUGGUGGGAAUCUUCGCCAUAUUUGUCCUCUCCAUUAUUAUAACCCUGUGCUGUAUCUUCAAAUGCCGGAUCCCCAGGACCAAGAAGGAGAUCGAGGCACGGUACGCCAAACGGCAAGCCGCCAAAACGUAUGCCGACAAACUGGACACGGUGCCGCCACUCAACGAGCUCACAGACAUCCCGGGAGAGAAGAAAGAGGAGGAGGAAGAGGAGGUGCCCACCGUGUCGGGCAAGGUCGACGGGAAGAAGGACGGAUCCAAAGGCUCCAAGAAGAAGAAGGAUGGCGAGAAGGGGGCCAAAGACGGCUCUCAGAAAGAGGGCAAAGAAGGGUCCAAAAAGAAGCCGGGAGACAAACAGGCAGAGGGGAAGAAGCAGCCCGAGGAGGAGAGCAGCAAGGAGAAGCCCAAAGGCAGUGCAGCAGCGGGUGGGAAAGGUGGGAAUCCUGGAAACCCCAAGGCCUCUGCCAAGAAACCUCCGCCCAAGAAGUGA